GCCCUUGGGUCCGCCGGAAGUUCCUGCUGCGGAUAUCCGGAGUCUUUCGUGGAGGCUUCGGGUAACUGUUGGCCGCGUCGCUGCGGUGGUAGAGGAAGCGGUUCCGGGCCGCAGCGGGCGGGAGUGGCAGCUAUGCCCCGUUAUUACGAGGACAAGCCGGAGGAAGGCGCGUGCGCGGGCGUGAAGGAGGACCUGGGCGCCUGUCUGCUGCGGUCGGACUGCGUACUGCAGGAAGGAAAAUCCCCUCGGCAGUGUUUGAAAGAAGGAAACUGCAAAGCUUUGAAAUACUCCUUUUUUGAAUGUAAAAGAUCAAUGUUGGAUGCCAGAUCAAGAUUCAGAGGAAGAAAAGGAUAUUGAUUCUGUUAUGCUGAAACCAAAAUAAAAUCAACAAAGGAUUUUCUCUAGUCUAUAGAGUCCAAUGUAAGAAAUGUUUGCUGUUGUGGCCAGAGCAAAAGUACAGCGGGUAGAGUGUUUACCUUGCAAGUGACCAACCUGGGUUUGAUCCCCGGCAUCACAUAUGGUCCCUCAAACAUCAACAGGAGUAAUUCCUGAGUUCAGAGCCAGGAGUAACACCUGAACACCACUGGGCAUGGCCCAAAAAGGAAAAUAAAUAAAGAUGGAAGAGCUAUUAAAAAAA